ACAAAGCGAAAUUACUGCGCGGACAGACAUUCGAGCUCACAGUGUUGGUCAGCAUAAUUUUUGACAUGCAUUUUCAACAAUGCAGUAUCUAGUCAAGCGCUUGUGAAAUAUGAAAUUAAAAGCCAAGAGCAAAACAUUCGCAACAAGUUAGCUACAAAUAAGUGCAGUGAAUGAUAUUUUCUGUCAACUCAUCGAAAACGGUAUUUGUUGCAAUUCGCUUUCUCACCUAAAUGUCAACCAAUUAUUCCWUAAUUUACGGUUACAGUUAUUGGUGUGCUUUUUGCGCGAUGCGCUCAAAUUCCUUUCGCUCGAGCGGUUGGUAGUGCUGCCAGAAUUUUACAGUCAUACGAGUAGUCAGCGGGCGAUUUACAACUCCAUAUGGAGGUUCCUGAGCUAAAUUUAGUGCAGUGCUGGUGUAUAUACUUACAUACAUAUGUGCUUUUCUUUUUAAUUGAAACGCUUCAUUUUGUUAAAAKUAUGGACUUGCAUGCGGUUGCUAUAGCGUUGUUGGCUCUAAUCACAAUCAACACCAAGAUGAUGAUGCCAUUCGGUUAUGUCGGUGUCGUGCAGGACGAACGCAAGUGUCAGUAUUUAAGACCGUCGCGCAUGCUCAAAAUCCGUUGCUUCGAAAUGAAUCUGAGGGAGGUACCGCAGUACCUGAAAUCGUCGGUUGAGAUUCUGGAUCUCGCAUUCAAUCGCAUUAAAAAGCUCAAACGCAACUCAUUUGAACGUUACACAAGUAUUAAAAUAUUAGUGCUCUAUGAGAAUAAGAUACAAUCGGUGGAGUCGGGCACAUUUGCGCCACUAACAUCAUUGGAGGAGAUCGAUCUGUCAAAUAAUGCGCUCGUCUCAAUACCUUUGGAAAUCUUUCAAUUACCCUCAUUGCGAAAUCUUUAUGUUGACAGUAACGAGCUCUUUAAUCUGGACCGCGAUCUACAGGUUCUUGAAACACCAAUACAAGCACCGCUGGAAUAUUUAAAUGUAGCCGAUUGCGGCCUAGAGGACCUGCCCGAUUUGGGUGUACUGCCAAAACUUUGGCAAAUUAAUGCCUCAUCCAAUCCGUUGACUGAUCUCACCGUGGACACACUAGCCAAUAUGUGUAAUUUGCGUACAAUGGAUCUGACAAAAACAGAAAUCAGUGAUUGCGCUCUCCAACAAGUGAAUCGUUACUUGCGAUAUAUUGGCGCCAGUUCUAAAUAUGUUCCGAUAUCUUUGGAUGACCUCGACAACACCAAAUGUCCGGAUCCAUAUAACGCAACUGUCAAUUCAACGACGUAUCAAAGCUGUAAAGCAGAGGCUGAACUUGCCAAAGUGCUCAGCUGGCGUUGGUGGACGAUCGCAGUGGCAGCGGCAUUGGCUGUGCUCGUCUUUACAUGGUACUGCUGUCGUCGCAAUUCAAAAAAGAAGAAGAAGAAGAAGUCGAAGGCCAAAACCAAAGUAAAUGYGCUGCCGCCCAAACAGCAACCGUUAGUGUCGCCCACGCUCGCACUCAAGAGUCACAACGAUCGCACAAUGCUGCAGGACUGUGAUUGUGCGUAAUCGCUUAAUUACAACAACGACAACAAAAACAUAGCGCGUAAUUUUAUAUGUACAAAUGCUAUAAAUAGCUGCAAUUAAAUAGGAAUUUAUUUACAACUAUA